CUGAUCCAGCAGAUAUUGUUCCUUUAUAUGAAAACGACCGUCAAAUUGCAAAAAGUUGGAAUAAUGAAAGAUCUCACAACAAGGUUCAUCUCCACCAACCAACAAUUACCUGUGAGAAUAUCAGCAGGUUUAACGGGCUUAUAAGUAUGAACAAAAAUGGAAUUUUCUCUUCUGGAUCAACUAUAUCCAAAAGGGAUUAUGAAGAAGUAUGCAUUUUAUUUUAUUUAAAAGUUUAG